AAAGUGCAAACACAAGUGAAUCAAUCCAAAGAAUCUAACGGCAAAAAUGUCUCACAAAAAAUCCGUGGCCAAUCUUCUGCUGAUGGGGCUGGCGCUGCAGCUGACCUCCGCGGUGCUGGCAGACGUCUCGCACUUGGAGUACUCAAUCUCGCCCAGCUCCCAGCUGGGCGCCUAUCACUAUCCCGCGCCGCGUGCCUCGCAGCGUCAGCUGUCGCAUCAACAGGUGGCGCGACAAUUUGUGGAGCCAGCCCUGGAGCAUGCGGCCUUUACCCAGGUGCUAACCAGCAGUGGCUACGUGUUCGGUGGCAACACAGCCGCCGCCGCCGUCUCGGCACCACUGACCGCCGCCGCCACCGCAGCGACGGGUCGUUCCAUAGGCACGCCGACGGCGCAUGCGGAUGCCAAUUCGCUCAAUCUGAAGCUGCCCGUGCCCUUUGGCCUGAUGCCAUUGAAUGUGGCGAAUCUGCCGCUGCAGGCAGGCGCCUCGUACGCCACAGUGCCGCGCACCACCGGGCUGACCUCCUACGGCACGGCGCAAAUACAAAGGCGCUGA